GCAGCGACAGCGACAGCGGCAGCGGCGCCGCCAACAACGACGCUGCAGCGCCAGCCCUCCUUCUCCUCGUUCCCGCCCUCACGCUCCCCCUCGACCCGCAAUGGCCACUACCCCAAAGCCCGCUCCCCGCAGCCACCCAUGCUGCGCGAGGGCGACGAGAACGACUCGAUCCAGUCGGAGCGCGACUCUUUCCUCCACCAUCACGCCUCCGAGGCCACAUCCCAUGCUGCCCCGUACCUCCGCCCCAGCAUGAGGCUGCGCUCCCAGUAUCCCGCCGACUCGGUCGAGAACCAUGUCGAGUACAUCCUCGUCGCCUCGUUCGACAUUGAUCGCGGCUCCAUCAUGGAGCACCAGUACCCGGCCGCCAUCAGCGGCGACGAGACCAUGCUGGCCGAGCUCAUGCUGCCCGACCAGGCCCACGUCCGGAGCCAGGACUGGACCAUCUUCUUCCUGCACAAGGACACGACGGCCGAGGAGGAGGAGCGCGAGGCAAGGAGAGAGCGCCGCCGCCGCCGAAGGCGCCGCAAGGAGGGCCUGGAAGACGGCCACGAGGCCGCGCCCGCUGGCGCUGAGGAGCACGAGGCCGUCAGCCCCAAGCACAACCCAGCCGCCACCGCCGCCGCCGACGACGACUCGGAAUCCGACGACCAGACAGACAGCGACGCCGAGAUGGAUUCAGACGGGCCCCCGCUGGUCUACGUCCUGAACCUGGUAAACACCAAGCAGGACAUGACGGUGAAAAGAGGCGCAAUUGUCAAGGCCAUGGCCAUCUGCACGCGCCAUCCCUUCCUGCACAUAUACAAGCCGCUGCUGCUGCUGGCCCUCGAGGAGUACUUCAGGGCACCCGUGCUCGAGACGCUCGCUUCGCUCUACAACGCCCUCAAUUCCAUGGACCUGUCUCUCUUGCCGAAACUGUCCCAUCUGGAGAACUUUGUGCUGGGCGCUAGUGACGCCAAAGACAUGUUUGUCGAGAAGUUUGAGCUCAUGGUCCGGCAGCGGAAGAAGCUCGAUGCGGCGAGGGAGUCGCAGGAAUCGUCAUUCGAUCCCCAUUCCAGGAAGAAGACGUAUACCGUGCCCCGCGACACGCACGAAUUUGAGUCCAAGAUUGACUACAACGGCAUACCGGUGCCCGUCAAGAUACCAACGGCCCUGAGUCCGGAAACCGUGGGCGACUUUUCCCUCAUCAAACUCAUACAGACCUUUUCCACGCCGCACGCCACACAACCACAGCCAUUCGCCCUGCAUCCGCAUCUGACGACAAGCGGCGCAUAUACGCAUCCAAUCAUUGUCCUUGUCAACGCCCUCCUGACGCAGAAGCGCAUCAUCUUCAUCGGACACAACCGUCCUUCAGGCGAAGUCGCGGAGGCUGUCCUGGCAGCAUGCGCCCUGGCGUCUGGCGGGGUACUGCGCGGCUUUGUCCGACACGCCUUUCCGUACACUGACCUGACCAAAGUCGACGACCUGCUCAAGGUGCCGGGCUUCAUUGCGGGCGUCACCAAUCCUGCAUUUUCCUACAAACCCGAGUGGUGGGACCUGCUCUGUGACCUUCCCACUGGUCGCAUGAAGAUCAGCAACCGAAUCGAGUCGGCCUCGCCAACAGAGGGUUCCAUGUUCUUCCAGCAGCAGGGCCUCCCCUUGAAUGGACAUGGUGGAACGCCCGGCUCUGACAGCAAGGGCGGUGUGGACGCAACCGGCGACAACCAGUUCAUGGACAAACUUCUCGAAAGCAUUGCCAAUCGGCAUGGCGAGAACGCAAUCCGGGCAAAGUGGCGCUCCUGGGUACUCAAGUUCACGCGCAUUGCAGCUGCCUUUGAAGAGACCGUCUACGGCGCGUCGGCUCUUUAUAUUGGCGCUCACGAAACCGAAAUCGACGCAUAUGGUGUCUCGGGGCACGGCUAUGUAUGGCCAGACGAAGGCUCCAAGCUGCGCGAACUUGCUGCAAAUGUUCAUCGCAUCGAAGGCUGGCGCAACACAAGAAGCUAUUACAGCUGUAUCCAGGACCUGGCAAAGCUCUGGCAUAAAAGACCAGUGCGGGGUCUCGACAUGCACCAUCAGCACGACAAGCUGCGUUGUCUGAAACUGUCGCAUGAGCAAUCAGCGGCCAUCUAUCUUGCACUUGCGCGGUGUGUGGAAGAAGCGGGUUCGCUCAGUGAAAGCACCAGUGCUUCGUCGACUGAUCUCGCCAGUCUUCCCAGCCGCGCCGACAAGCGAGCAAGCGCCCACCUGCAGUACGAGACUGUCCUCCAGCUGCUUUGCGUCAUACCCGAUGCUGGGCUCUUUUACGUCAGUCUGGGCCUUUUCCAUCCCAGACAAGAUGUCCGCAUGGCGGUUGUAAAGCUGCUCGAGCGCAUCAUGGAUCACUCUGCUGGUCGCCAUUACUGGGGGCAGCUUGGCCGCUUUGCCAAACUGGCUUACUUUCGGGUCAAGAGGGAAGAGGCGCAAAAAUAGUCUCGGCAAUGUCUGGCGUUGGAGUUGGAUGAACUAGAUACCUGUAACCUACGGCUUGACGCUUAAAGACUAAUCUGAAU